CUUGAGUUCUGCAACCGCGAUCAGUGCGGCCUUGUUUGCUGCCUUGGUCAAAGUCAGCCAUGGCAGUUUCUUGAUGGCCCCGCAACUGCCACAGGCCGCUUUAGCUCAAGAUGAGCUGGAUGCGUCACCUCGCAGUCGCCGGAGGUCUGGAAGGUCGGCAUCCCCGACAAAGCCGGGGCGCGGUGAUAAGACACCCUCCAGAAACCUGGGUGGCGAGAAGGUUCAGACAGCCGUUCGGUUACGGCCCUUCCUCACAACAGAGUUGGUGAAGGUCACGAGCUCACCCAUCGCCCCUGCAUGGCCUGCAUGGCCUGCAUGGGAGCGUCAAUCGUCGCCCUCGUCCCAUGUGAGAAGCUGCGUUGAGAUGAAACCCAAUGGUCAUGGCGUGGUGCUCUACGAUCCAGAGAAACCUCAUCAACCUGGACGUGAGUUUGAAUGUACCUACGCUUUUGAUUCCAGUCAGCCGCAAUCAAGAGACUAUGCGGAUCAAAGUACCAUCUACAACUGCCUCGGGGCAGACAUGGUUAUGCAUGGAACUACAGGCUACAACUGUUGUUUGGUGGCCUAUGGGCAAACUGGUACAGGGAAGACUCACACAGUGCAUGGAGACUGGCAGAGCCAGGAUCAGCGCGGUUUGUUGCCCCGUAUUGCUGAAGGUCUUUUCGAACGUUUGGCGAGUUUACCAGCAGGUGAUACAGGGCGAGUGCGCAUCUCCUACAUUGAGGUCUACAAUGAUCGCUUGCGUGAUUUAUUAUGUACCACUGCUAUCACGGCUCGCUCGGAAUAUGACGGCUCUCCGAGACUAAGCUCCCCGAGGACACCCAGAGCGGAUCCUCACAAGUUCGCUUCUGGUGGAGGAGGUAACCGCUUGGAGGUCCGCACGCAUCCUGAAGUUGGGGUUUAUGUGGAGAAUCUGCAGGAGCUCCCUGUGGAGAAUCUCCGGGAUGUGGCGCGGCAUGUGGCCAGAGGUGAAAGGGCAAAGAAAGUGGAAAGGACCACAAUGAACGAUCGAUCCAGCCGCUCUCACACCAUCUUCUCCUUUAAGGUGGAGUUGCGUGGUGCAGCACAGCACAACAGCCUCUCCAACAUGCAGAUCGUGGACCUUGCGGGCCGCGAGAAUGAGCAAACCUCCGAAUGUAAGGAUGAACGCUUCCGAGAGCUCAGGUACAUCAAUCGAAGCCUCUUCGAAUUAGCCAAUUGUAUCUUCGCUCUUUGUGAUGGCAACCGCGAGCAUGUGCCAUUUAGGAAUUCCAAACUGACCAUGCUGCUCUCUGACAGUUUGUCCAGCAACAGCCGCACGACGUUACUUGCAACGUUGACGCCCAGCCCAAAAGGCUUUGAUGAGAACAUUUUGACCUGUCGCUUCCUGGAGUCGACAGGUCGCAUCACCACCCAACCGGUGGUGAAUCGCUUCGCCGCUGCGGAGGUAGCAAAACACCUCCAGGAUGAGAUCGCUAACCUUCAAUCCACCAAGGUCGAGGAUGAAAUCAUCUCCAUGCGAUUGACGCUGCUGAGACAGUUCUCCUUGGUUUGGGCCGAGGAAGAAAGACGCGGCUCUGAUCAGGCCCCAGAUGAGGUCGAUGUGGUGCAAGGAGCUUGCAGACAGGUGUCGCAGGGCCUGCAGAGCGCCUCUCAACACCUGGGCCGUUUGGAGCUGAAAAACCGUAUGGCCUCGGAAGCUUUGAAGGAGGUGGGAAGCAAACUUGCGACGCUUCAGCACUCCCUUCGUGCGAAGGGUGGCAUCAUUCGUCCUGCCUCUCCUGUGACGACAGUCAGAAGCGCGCGUUCAGACGGCGAAGGCGACACCUUGCGGCGUUCCUUGGGCCUCGCAGAGGCCGGCCGGCGGCUGUCGGAGGAAAAGGUGGGAACUUUGAGGCUCCUGCGCCUGAGUUGAUCCAUGAGAGUUCUGGGAUGAAGAUCUUUGC